CCCGAACCGUGCCCGGUAUGCGUAGAACUGACGCGCGCCCACUCCUAAAACCCUCAGUCCCUCCAACGCUCAAAACCCUUCCCUCCUUUCCUCUCUCUCCCUCUCUCAUCCCCUCUAAAACCCGCCAAAAGAUAGAGAAAUCCUUCCAUUUCGAAACCCUAGGAAGAUUAAAUCUUCUUCUCCUCUCUCCCAACCCCUUUAACCUUACCCUCUCCUCAAUCCCCAAAAACCCUAUUCUCUUCCAACCUAAAAUCCCUUAUCUUAAUCAGAGCAGCUGGAGAAGCUCAUCCCAAAAUGUCGAUGUCGAAGAGCUCCAAGAUGCUGCAGUACAUCAAUUACCGUAUGCGUGUGACGAUCCAGGACGGUCGCCACCUCGUUGGCAAGUUCAUGGCCUUCGAUCGCCACAUGAAUCUCGUCCUGGGUGACUGUGAGGAGUUCCGCCGCCUCCCCCCUGCCAAGGGUUCCAAGAAGGGUGAGGAGCGCGAGGAGCGCCGUACCCUUGGGCUCGUCCUUCUCCGCGGUGAGGAGGUUGUCUCCAUGACCGUUGAAGGCCCUCCCCCUCCUGAGGAGUCCCGCGCCAAGGCUGUCGGCGCUGCUGCCAUGGCAGGCCCAGGCCUUGGCCGCGCCGCCGGCCGUGGGAUCCCAACGGCACCACUCGUCCAGGCCCAGCCUGGGCUUGCUGGCCCCGUCCGUGGUGUUGGUGGACCGGCGCCUGGAAUGAUGCAGCCACAGAUCUCGCGCCCUCCCCAGCUCUCUGCCCCACCAAUGACAUACCCCCAGGCACCUGUCAUCCGCCCACCUGGUCAGAUGCCUGGUUACCCUGGGCAGCCACCGCCUCAGAUGACUCGGGGCCCUCCUAUGCCUAUGCAGGGGCAGUUUGGUGCUCGUCCAGGUGGGGCACCACCUUCGCCUUUCCCUGCACCGCCGCCACAGUUUGGGCAGCGGCCAAUGAUGCCACCACCACAAAUGAUGCGUGGACCACCGCCGCCUCGUCCUGGGAUGGUGGCCCCGCCUCCACCCCGGCCAGGUAUGCCACCUCCGCCAGGUGGGGGUGUCCCAGUUUUUGGUCCGCCACGUCCUGGCAUGCCACCACCACCAAAUCCACAGCAGAAUCAGCAAAAUCAGCAGCAGUGAUGAUUCGGGUCCCGGCAGCUUUGUGGAAUCUGCGUUCUCUUCUUUUUUCUUUACUGCCCUGGCUUCUUCUGACAAUUGAGUGUGCCAUUAGGAGAGAUGCCCCUUUGGUUUCAUUUGGAGAUUAGUGGGAAGACCACCCUUUUCGAUACCAUGCAUAGCUAUCUACCUUGAAGAUCAAGUCUUCUUUAUUGUCUCCGGGUCUUUGAAUCUCUUGGCCAUGGAAAUGGAAUGCUAAUUGACUUUUUUUUUCUUCUUUUUUUACUGUACUUCAGCUAUGGAUUAUGAAACUAGAGGACAUGGAUAUAUUGUCUUGGUUAGUGCUCAUGCGCUGCUUUCAGACUGCAGUGCUAUAGAUUUUGCUGCUUUAUAUCAGACUAUAAAUAUCUACUUAGCUGA